AUGCUAAGGGCUUAUUCUAAUAUUGUUUACAAUUGCUAUUGUCACACAGCUCACAUUGCUUGCAAGUUUGCUGAGCUGAAGGAGAAGAUAGAUCGUCGUCCUGGAAAAAAGCUGGAAGAUGGUCCCAAGUUCUUGAAAUCUGGUGACGCUGCCAUUGUUGAUAUGGUUCCUGGCAAGCCUACCUGUGUUGAGAGCUUCUCUGACUAUCCUCCUCUUGGCUGUUUUGCUGUUCGUGACAUGAGACAGACGGUUGCUGUGGGUGUCAUCAAAGCAGUGGACAAGAAGGCAGCUGGAGCUGGCAAGGUCACAAAGUCUGCCCAGAAAGCUCAGAAGGCUAAAUGAAUAUUAUCCCUAAUACCUGCUACCCCAGUCUUAAUCAGUGGUGGGAGAACGGUCUCAGAACUGUUUGUGUCAAUUGGCCAUUUAAGUUUAAUAGUAAAGGACUGGUUAAUGAUAACAAUGCAUCGUAAAACCUUCAGAAGGAAA